UCAUCGUGUGCACGCUCAGUUGAUCGCUUGCCAUAGCACGCGAAACACGCGCCAUGCCACCACAUUAUCACAGAAAACCGUCGCGAGUGUCGUAAUAACUGUUGAGAAAGAAAGAAAAUAGUUCUGUGUGAAACUUUACAAUGGAUGUGUUGUAUUUGUGUCUCAUCCUCGUCCUGUUUCAGGGUUAUGCAUCAGCAACGUGCGGUUUCCCCGGUGCGCCGGCUCACUGCAAAGUGUCGUUCUCCGAGGAGGACUUACGCGAAGGCACAGUGGUCACGUACAGUUGCGAGCCGGGCUUCGAGCUUCUGGGGCCUUCCAGGAGGGUCUGUGGACCUAGCAGUAGGUGGACACCAGACGGCAUACCUUUUUGUGUGCUGAACGUAGCUGCGGGUAAGGCGCCCAUGCAGGCCUCCACUGACGAGGGCGGCGUGCCUCAAAGGGCCCUGGACGGCAGCACCGCAUCUACCUUCAGGGCGGAUACCUGCACCCUGACGAAGCCCGAGCGAGUGCCGUGGUGGUACGUCAACCUGCUCGAGCCGUACAUGGUACAGCUGGUGAGACUGGACUUCGGGAAACCUUGUUGUGGUGCCAAUAAACCAGCGGUCGUCGUCGUUCGCGUGGGCAACAACCGGCCAGAUCUGGGCACCAACCCGAUCUGCAACCGCUUCACCGGGUUCCUGGAGGAGGGGCAACCUCUAUUCCUGCCCUGCAACCCGCCUAUGCCUGGCGCCUUCGUCAGCGUGCACUUAGAAGCAACCGCGCCAAGCCAACUAUCAAUAUGCGAAGCUUUCGUUUACACCGACCAAGCUCUGCCCAUAGAGAGAUGCCCGCAAUUCAGAGACCAGCCACCGGGUAGCACGGCGACUUACAACGGGAAAUGUUACAUAUUUUACGAUGGACAGCCGGCCAACUUCAGAGAUGCGCUUGGGUUCUGCCGGUCGAGAGGAGGCACUUUAGUGGACGAGAGUAAUCCAGCUCUGCAGGGCUUCAUCAGCUGGGAGCUGUGGCGUAGACAUCGGAGCGACAGUAGCAGCCAAUACUGGAUGGGGGCAGUACGAGACCCUCGGGACCCUUCCAACUGGAAAUGGGUCAACGGGAACGACCUGACGGUGUCAUUCUGGAACGCCCCGGGAGGCACCGAAGGCUGCGCCAGAUUCGACGGCAGCAAAGGCUGGCUGUGGGCGGACACUGACUGUCAAGCGAGACUUAACUACAUCUGCCAGCACCAGCCCAAGGCGUGCGGCAGACCGGAGCAGCCUCCUAACUCGACGAUGGUGGCCGAGUUGUUCGACGUGGGAGCUUCUGUUGAGUACUCCUGCGAUGAGGGUCACCUACUAGUAGGGCCUACGACCAGGACCUGCCUCGACACAGGCUUCUAUGACGAAUUUCCGCCUGUUUGUAAAAGUAUAGUUUGCGGAAACCCAGCAGAGAUCCCGCACGGGUCGUACAAGUUGCUAAACGGAUCCGUUUCUUACCUGUCCCACGUGGAGUAUUCCUGCGGCAAAGGGUACGAGAUGGUGGGACGAUCUAGGCUCGUGUGCGACAUCGACGAACGCUGGAACGGCCCCCCGCCCAGAUGUGAAGUGGUGCAUUGUGAGCAACCGCCGACUAUGACUAACGGACGCGUGGUGAUGUCCCAAAACGCGAGCGUGUUCGGCGCAGUUGCAGAGUACUCCUGCCAACGCGGGUUCCAACUGCAGGGCGCACGGAGGCUGCGGUGUCUUGACACUGGCCUGUGGGACACGUCUGCACCAGUCUGCCGUGCCGAGGAACGAUUUACAACCACGACCACCUCCACAACCACGACAGCACCUCCAACCACCACACAUGCUCCACCUUCCACCACUCCCAGGCUAGUCCUGCCGACGAGGCGCGUGAACCCUUACCUCUCGUCCCCCACACCAUUUGCGCCACCAGAAACCACGAGGCGUCCACGUCCCCCUAAAACCACAACGGAAAAAAUCACCACACGAGCCGAGAAGACGACCACGAAGCCAUACGAUAGAACUCCAGAGAGAAAAACUACUACGGCGGGAGAUGCGCAGGAGUCGCCUACUAGCAACGUGCCUCAUAUCAUUGUCGCUAGCCACCCGAGAGAGAACCAAGUAGUAGGCAGCGGGAACAACUUCCGAGCCGAGCAGACUCCACGCGUGAACGUGCCCCAAUCAGUGGACGGGCAGCGGCAGGAAACGAUCGGCGCGCGGCUCAACACUGGCGCCGUGGUCGCACUGGGCGCCUUCGGGGCUCUGGUCUUCCUCAUAGCCAUGAUAACCACCAUCGUCAUCUUAGUCAGGAGCAGGAAUAGCACAGACGUGAAGCGUUACCGUCACCACGUGUCACCGGACUGCAACACCGUCGCUUCUCUGGACUCCUCCUCGUCGGAGUCCCGCAGCGGCCUGAACCGGUACUACAGACAGGCGUGGGAGGAGCUGCACGAGACGGCGGCCGCUGGGGCGAAGCACCCGCACCGCCGGCACGAGCGCGAAGCCCCCAAAGAAGGCUCGGAGAUGGUGGUGUCCGAUGUGUACCACGCACAUCCCAGAGACCAUCGCAGACACCACCAUCAUCACCACCGCGAGCCGCGCCAUCCCGACUGGCACUCACCACACAGACCCCACCAUAAUCACAAGCCUAGAUACUAGACUCUCCUUAUCAAUGGCUAACACGCAUCCAUAAACCCAAAUAUAAUAUAACCAAUCUUUUGACUGGUGCGUAGAAAGUCUUUGCUCCAACAUCCCACCCUUGACUGGCGCUCAUCGCUUAGACCCCACCAUGACCGCAUGCCUAGAUACUAACUAGGGCAAUCAAUAACCAAGACAUUAUCUUACCUCAUUCGCUGGAUGUACCGCAGGAUCCAAUGUGGCAUGUGUCCUUGCUCCAACAACUUACCUUCAUCCCCCGUGCUAACCUAACUGGCAUUGACCCCGCCAUAACCAUAAAGCUAGACACCAGAUAAUAGUUAUUUUUUUACAAAAUCCCUAUACCCAUUCACAUAACACAACAGUCAAGAACUUUAUAUAAUACAUCCUACAUGUAUAUUCUGAAAUCACGGAAUAUCUGACUUCUGUUUAAAAUUAAGCUAGAGAUAGAAUUCUUACAGAUGUAGGUAGUUUUAAUUAACCUGGAUUGCAGGCCCUCUUUUGUGCUACGAAAAUAGUAAUCCUACAUAUUUAACAUCGUCAUUACAUUUUUAAGAAAUCAUCGUAUUUUGAUUAUAUUAAUUAAGCACCUAACUAUUGGCGAAAACUGAAUUUUGAUUGUUUAUGAAUAAGUAAUGGUGCAAACCGAUUACAGAUCGCUACAGUUAUUUUCCUCUAUCCUUGGUGAGCGCUAGGGUCUUAGUAAGGCUAGGGUACAUAAUACUUAAAUCAUUCCAUAUCGCUUCUAAACUAUGAUUACCUUGAUCUUUUCUUUUUGGUAUUUUUGGGACGUUAAUAAAACAGUUAUUUUUCUUGCUAGUAAGUACCUAAUAGUUAUUUUUAAGUAAGUAAAGUAUAACAGCUAGGCAACCCUUUCAUCGCCCUUGGCUACUUUAGGUGUCACUCGUUACCAUACCUAGAAUCAUUCUAUAUGAAAUAAUUUGUCCCCAUUGACGUAUCAAUUUGCUCUUCUUGUUAUUACAUUAAGUUGAUUGAUGUUUUUUUUGGCUAUUGAUUACACUUUUAUCGUAGGCAGACAGAUGUAGACUGUUAUUUACCUACAUAAUGGUUCCAACUCAUUCCGAGAAUAUAAAAACACUUGUGUCAAAUUGUUUCCAAUGAAGUAUUCUUUACUGUAGGUACAGGCGAAGAAGUUAGCUAUCUAGCACUUUCCGGCGAUUGAGAUUUUUUCUCUCUAUAUUUUAGGUGGGGUCUAUCCCCCAUCCCCAUCAUCCUAUUAGACUAUUCUAAUCGGGAUGAUGACGGAGUAAAAUAAAAGUCCGUCAAUCAGAUUAUCAAAAAUAGUGGACACUUAUUUUUUCUUUUGUCAAUCAACCAAAAGAGUGCAAAGAGAAGAAAAGAAGUUGCAAAUAUUGGGACGGGGCUCGUGACGUCACUUCUAAGUAAAAAUUGUUCCAAGACGUGACGUCAUGCAACAUUUCAAAUCAAUAUGUCUCUGCAAUGUUUUAACUAUGUAAAAUAAUACGUUUUCAAUACUUUCUGAUAAUCUGAUUUCAAUACCUUACAGACGGAGUAAAAAAGGUUAUUAAUCCAUAGCAUUGUAGUACGUCCUGUAUCUCUACUUGCUGAACUAGGAGCAGUUUUAGUGACGCCUGAAGUAGUCGGCGACUCAGCUUUCUUUAUGUCAAUAAAGUUUAAUGUGUGUAUAUAUUAUUAGUUAAGUUUAGAAGUAAAGUAUUUUUUGUUAUUAAGUUACUAAGAUAAGAUUGAAGUUAAUCAUUGUCCACGCUUUUUCCUCCUCUACAAAAGAACGUUUCUCAUCUUUCUAUUUAUUAGAUAGGAUACGUUUACGAACUGUGAAUCUCUUGUUCAACCUGUAUUUAGUGAUAUAAAUUUGUAAAAAUGUAUUUAUGAAUACUUGAUUAAUUAAAAGUUGUGUCAAGUUUUCGUUGAG